CACCCGCCCCCCGCCAAGUAUGUUUGGGCUGGACCAGUUCGAGCCCCAGAUCAACAGCAGGAACGCUGGCCAGGGCGACAGGAACUUUAACGAGGCCGGACUGAGCAUGAACGCCCACUUUAAGGCCCCGGCUUUCCACGCGGGGGGGGCCCCUGGCCCCGUGGACCCUACCAUGAGCGCGCUGGGCGAGCCCCCGAUCUUGGGCAUGAACAUGGAGCCGUACGGCUUCCACACGCGCGGCCACUCGGAGCUGCACGCGGGGGCGUUGCAGGCGCAGCCGGUACACGGCUUCUUCGGCGGCCAGCAGCCUCACCACGGACACCCGGGCGGCCACCAUCCCCACCAGCACCACCCCCACUUCGGGGGCAACUUCGGCGGCCCGGACCCGGGGGCCUCCUGCCUGCACGGGGGGCGCCUGCUCGGCUAUGGCGGCGCCGGCAGCGGCCUGGGCAGCCAGCCGUCCUUCGCCGAGGGUUACGAGCACAUGGCGGAGAGCCAGGGGCCGGAGAGCUUCGGCCCGCAGCGGCCGGGGAACCUCCCGGACUUUCACAGCUCGGGCGCCUCGGGCCACGCCGUGCCCGCCCCGUGCCUGCCGUUGGACCAGAGCCCCAACCGGGCCGCCUCCUUCCACGGCCUGCCCUCCUCCAGCGGCUCUGAUUCCCACAGUCUGGAACCCCGGAGGGUGGCGAACCAAGGAGCCGUCGACUCCCUGGAAUACAAUUACCCGGGCGAGGCGCCCUCGGGACAUUUUGACAUGUUUUCGCCCUCCGACUCCUCCGAGGGACAACUGUCUCAUUUCGCGGCUGGCCGCCAGGUUCCCGGGGGCGCUUUCCCGGGAGCCUCGGCCAUGCCCAGAGCCGCGGGCAUGGUGGGCUUGUCCAAAAUGCACGCCCAGCAACCUCAGCAGCAACAGCAGCAGCAGCAGCACGGCGUGUUCUUCGAGAGGUUCGGCGGGGCUCGUAAAAUGACCGUGGGUUUGGAGCCCGGGGUGGGCUCCAGACACGCGUUAAUGCAGCCUCCCCAGCAGGCCCCGCCGCCCCCGCAGCAGCAGCCCCCGCAACAGCCGCAGCUGCCUCAGCCACAGCAGCCGCCGCCCGGGCUUCUGGUCCGACAAAAUUCGUGCCCGCCUGCGCUCCCGCGGCCCCAGCAAGGCGAGGCGGGCACGCCCAGCGGCGGGCUGCAGGACGGGGGUCCCAUACUGCCAAGCCAUCACGCGCAGUUCGAGUACCCCAUCCACCGGCUGGAGAACCGAAGCAUGCACCCUUAUUCCGAGCCCGUGUUCAACAUGCAGCACCCCCCUCCGCAGCAGGCGCCCAACCAGCGGCUGCAGCAUUUCGAUGCGCCCCCCUACAUGAACGUGGCCAAGAGGCCGCGCUUCGACUUCCCGGGCAGCGCGGGAGUGGACCGCUGUGCUUCGUGGAACGGCAGUCUACACAACGGCGCCCUAGACAACCACCUCUCGCCCUCCUCCUACCCGGGCCUGCCCGGCGAGUUCACGCCGCCUGUGCCCGACAGCUUCCCCUCGGGGCCUCCCUUGCAGCACCCGCUCCCGGAUCACCAGUCCCUGCAGCAGCAGCAACAGCAGCAGCAGCAACAGCAGCAGCGCCAAAACGCGGCCCUCAUGAUUAAGCAGAUGGCGUCGCGGAAUCAGCAGAGGCUGCGCCAGCCCAACCUGGCCCAGCUCGGUCACCCCGGGGACGUGGGCCAGGGCGGCCUGGUGCAUGGCGGCCCGGUGGGCGGCUUGGCCCAGCCGAACUUCGAACGCGAAAGCGGCGGCGCGGGCGCGGGACGCUUGGGCACCUUCGAGCAGCAGGCGCCACACUUAGCGCAGGAGAGUGCGUGGUUCCCAGGCCCGCACCCGCCGCCGGGCGACUUGCUCCCCCGCAGGAUGGGCGGCUCGGGCCUGCCGGCUGAUUGCGGCCCACACGACCCGGGCCUGGCGCCGCCCCCUCCGCCCGGUGGCUCAGGAGUGCUGUUCCGGGGUCCUCUGCAGGAGCCGCUGAGGAUGCCCGGAGAGGGCCACGUGCCCGCGCUGCCCUCGCCAGGCCUGCAGUUCGGUGGCAGCCUGGCCAGCCUGGGUCAGCUGCAGUCGCCCGGGGCCGGGGUGGGGCUGCCCAGCGCGCCCUCCGAGCGCCGGCCCCCGCCGCCGGACUUCGCGGCGCCCGCGCUUGGGGGCCAGCCGGGCUUCCCAUUUGGCGCCGCGAGCCGGCAGGCCACGCCGCACAGCGGCCCGGGCGUGAACUCGCCCCCGACCGCGGGCGGGAGCGGCAGCAGCGCGGGCGGCGGCAGCGGCGGGGGCGCCUACCCGCCGCAGCCCGAUUUCCAGCCCAGCCAGCGCGCCUCGGCCAGCAAGCUGGGCGCGCUCUCGCUGGGCUCCUUCAACAAGCCCAGCUCCAAGGACAACCUGUUCGGCCAGAGCUGCCUGGCUGCGCUCUCCACAGCCUGCCAAAACAUGAUCGCCAGCCUCGGGGCUCCCAACCUCAACGUGACCUUCAACAAGAAGAACCCGCCCGAGGGCAAAAGGAAACUGAGCCAGAACGAGACCGACGGCGCGGCAGUGGCCGGCAACCCGGGCUCGGAUUACUUCCCUGGAGGGACUGCCCCUGGGGUUCCGGGGCCCGGAGGCCCGUCUGGGACCAGUAGCAGCGGCUCCAAAGCCUCGGGGCCGCCCAACCCGCCCGCCCCUGGGGACGGCACCAGCCUCUCCCCCAACUACCCCCUGGAAUCCACGUCGGGGAACGACGGCAAGCCGGUCCCUGGAGGCAGCGGCCGGGGACGGGGUCGCAGAAAAAGGGACAGUGGUCACGUUAGCCCCGGGACCUUCUUCGACAAGUACUCGGCGGCGCCAGACAGCGGGGGCGCGCCGGGGGUGAGCCCGGGGCAGCAGCAGGCGCCCGGCGCGGCCGUCGGAGUCAGUUCCGCGGGAGAGGCACGCGGGGCGCCAACGCCGCACGAGAAAGCGCUCACGUCCCCGUCUUGGGGGAAGGGGGCCGAGUUGCUCCUGGGGGACCAGCCGGACCUCAUGGCGUCCCUGGACGGCGGGGCCAAGUCGGACGGUAGUUCCCCGCACGUGGGCGAGUUCGCCUCGGACGAGGUGAGCACGAGCUACGCCAACGAGGACGAGGUGUCAUCCAGCUCCGAUAACACCCCGGCCCUGGCCAAAGCGAGCAGGAGCCCCCUGGUGACCGGCUCGCCCAAACUCCCGCCCCGUGGGGUGGGCGCCGGGGAACACGGACCGAAGGCGCCCCCGCCCCCGCUUGGCCUGGGUAUCCUGUCUACCUCUACCUCGACCCCUGACGGCUAUGGCGGCGGCGGGGGCACGGGCCACCCGGGCACGCCGGGCCUGGAGCAGGUCCGGACCCCGACGAGCAGCAGCGGAGCACCGCCACCCGAUGAGAUCCACCCCCUGGAGAUCCUCCAGGCGCAGAUCCAGCUGCAGAGGCAGCAGUUCAGCAUCUCCGAGGACCAGCCCCUGGGACUCAAGAGUGCCAAGAAGGGCGAGUGCGCCGUCGGGGCCUCGGGCGCUCAGAACGGCGACAGCGAGCUGGGCAACUGCUGCUCCGAGGCGGUCAAGAGUGCCAUGAGCACCAUCGACCUGGACUCGCUGAUGGCGGAGCACAGCGCCACCUGGUACAUGCCGGCUGACAAGGUCCUGGUGGACGGCGCGGACGACGACAAGACGCUGGCGCCCUGGGAGAAGGCCAAACCCCAGAAUCCCAACAGCAAAGAAGCCCUCGACCUCCCGGCGAACAAGGCCUCGGCGCCCCAGCCCGGCAGCCACUUGCAGUGCCUGUCUGUCCACUGCACGGACGACGUGGGUGACGCCAAGGCCCGCGCCGCUGUGCCCACUUGGAGGUCCCUGCACUCCGACAUCUCCAACAGAUUCGGGACAUUCGUGGCCGCCCUGACUUGAACCGACAAGAAAUACCCCCUCCCCUCGCCAGGCCCUCCCUCCUUCUCUCUCUCUCUCUCCCCUCCCCACCCCACCUGACCCACCCCUUAUCCCCCACCCCCUCUUUGUUAAUUUGAAAGGGCCACUAUUGCUGAGUGGAUGAUUUGUUUUUUCUAGGUUGGUACUUGCUUAGUGGCAUAUGGACCGGAAAGGGUUAAUUUAAAGGGAGGGGGGGGACCUCAAAAAAUUUUUUUUUAAAAAAAGAAACUCGGCUGCCACAGUAUGUUACCAGUGUUAACCCUUCUGCAGUUAGCAAACUUUUGCUUAAGCCUUUUUCCUGCUAGGUAAUUCCUCAUUUUUUCUGUAAUCUUGGCAUACAUUUUUUUAGAUGACCUCUUUCCUCAUUUUAUUUUCAUGCUGCUGUAUGUCCAAGUAUUGUUAUUUCAUAAUAAGACAAGAGUUGAUUUCCUUUUUUAUUCUUUUUUAUUCUUCUUCUGCCCCCUUCCUUUUUUUUUUUUUUUUUUCCUUUUUGCUUUGUUCACUGCUUAUUAAAAUGGAAAUCCCGGAGAACAAGUAAUUCUGGAAUAUUGCCGGAUGAAAGUUAAAUUGUCAUCACAAUAUUAUAUAUUGACACCCAACUGUCAUCAGUCAGGCAGGAGACAAACAAUUAAUGCCCCCCUUAGGUAUUCUGCCUAGGAUUUUGUUUUGUCUGCUCCCUAAGAAAACAGAGAUAUAUAUAUCCGUUCCUACAAAUUCACGUGCAGCCUUCAGCUCCGUUCUCUCUCCUGCUGGCAGCUGCCCCUCUCUGGGUUGGAGGAGAGGAUGCAUCCUGCUGGCUAUGUGGAAAGCAGCUGGAAUGUUCCACAGUGGUGUUUUCUCUCCUUUUUCUGGGCCUCUCUUUAAAUGCCCAGGCUCUGAAUUUUCACACUAUAUGGAGCAGCCUUGUGCCCAUGGUGGUGGUGGUGGUGGGGGCAAUGCCCCCCAGCUUGUGGCAUCUCUGGGGGCUUCAGGCCCCCCCUGCCCCUUGCUGUAGUCAGACUGACUAGGUCUUCCUUGGGUGCUGAAUUCUCAGCCCUUGACCUUUCCUGGCAGCUGUUACAGGCCCAGGCUUCACCGAGGAGGAAGGAGGGGACUGGGUGAAUCUCCCCCAUCCCUCCUUUCACCCCUAUCUACUUUCUUGCCUCCAACGUGGGGGAUCCAUCACCCCACCUGGAAGGGAUAGGCUUUAGCCAGCAUUUUUGAGGGGCUGUUUCAGUAAAGGAGUCCUCAAGCUCAGCCUGCAAAGCCCCCCUCCUUGGAACCUGGGUGUUUUGCUUUGUUUUGUUUUUUGCAGGGCUUUGCAGACUCCCGAGAGAUAGAAUAGGGAGAGAGAAAGGAAAUAUGACGGAUGACUUUGGUUCCUUACCUGUUAAACCCCAGAAUCCCCCCAUCCCCCUUUUUUAUUUCAUCUCACCCUUUGCAAACCUGGAGCCACGUCUCACGCGUCUCACAAAGGAAUAACUUCUCCCUUUGAGCCGAGAUGAGGGGGUGGCUGGGGAGCUGGGCAGCAGCAAGGGGGGUGCAUGGGCCCAGCCCAGGCCUAUCACGAUGUCCUCUGGCCCUGCCCAAAGCAGUGGUCAUCUCCAGAUGUCCGGUGUUGGCAGAGAUGGGCACCUUUGGGUGCAGCUGCUGCCUGCAGAGAAUUUGACAACUUUCAGGAGGUGGUGGGCACCCACAGAUUCCAGGGUGGACCAGACGAGAAUGAGCGAUAUCACCUCUCCAAAAUCGGUGACUCUGAGCAGAUUUCAUUUCCAUUUUUGUUCCCAAGCAUGUCUUACUAAAUGCUCCAUAUCAAGCCUCUCCCCACCCCCAAUAGUCCCCAAAGUCUUCAGAUCCAGCAUUUUAUUUUAUUUUAUUUUAUUUUACUUUAUUUUUUUUUUGCAAGUGACCUGAAGGCUUUGGGCUGGCCAUACAACAUCCACAUGGUUUAUUUCAAAGAACUUUUCAGCACGGGGAGAGGAGUCGAGAGAUACCUCGCUUGCUCCCCUCCGUCGUCGUCUGCUCUCCUCCGCCGGGGUCCCAGUCUGUCCGGACUGUCUGUGGUCCUUGGUCUGUGCUGUCUGACCAGGGGCAGAAGCAGGUGGCAUGGAUUUAUCAGGGAGGCACUGUGCUCCAACAUCCCUCCUGGGGCUCCGCUACCAAAUGAAAGAAAAGGGGAGGAAGACUGCCCCCCGCCACCAACAGUGGGAGACUCCGCCGUAGUCUGGGCAAAACUCAGCGCCCCCUCUGAUUCUGCAAUGUACAGCUGUUUGAGAGCUUCAUUAUUUUCAUUUUUAAACAGGAAUAAUUUCUCCUUAAUUGCUUAAGGCCAGGGAGCAAAGUGCCCUGCCUUCCCCAGCGUUGAGCUCAUCAGCGCACUUUUGGCCAUCGGCUCGUGGUGCCGGCAACCUCUGAAACCCCUGAAGUUUGAAACUGUCUCGCUCCCCACGACCCCAGAAUGGAACAGCUUUAAAAAUAGCCUUAAGCAAAAGGAUGUUAUUUCAUUAAAUUUGGUUUAAUGGAAAGAAUAAAAGCAAAUUAAAAACACACCCACCACAUGCGACUCCAAACACUGGUAAUCGGUACCGCGUAACAAACUCUUCUGGAAAGAAAACGAAAACGUUAUUGCACAUGUAAAAUAUGAGAACUUAACUCUGCUGUGUGUUAGGCAAUCCUGUAAUCUUUUUUGACUCUUAAAAAAAAAAAUUCAUUUCUGAAAUGCUUGGUUGGAAGACUGUGACAAUAGCUCAUGAAAUUGAGUGUUAUUUUUUUCUUUCUUUUUUUAAAAAAAAUAUGUAAAGUGCAGUCUUCUGUAUUCAUGCAAAUUGUAUAUACCUGUAUAUGUUUUCCUGAGCAGCUAAAUAACAAUAAAUAUGACGUUA